AUGAGCCACACACCACUUCCAGCCGAAUACGACGACACAAGGAUUCUUGGUUACGACCCAUUAGUGCCACCAGUUGUAUUGCUGAAUGAAAUCAAAGCUUCAUCAAAAUCGUUAGAUGCAGUCAUUAGAGGACGGUUUGAGUCAACUCAAAUUCUUAAAGGGAAAGACGAUAGAGCAUUGGUUAUAGUUGGUCCAUGUUCCAUUCAUGACACUAAAGCUGCUUUGGAGUAUGCACACCGCUUGAAAAAAUUGAGUGAAGAGUUGAAGGAUGAUUUAUGUAUUAUAAUGAGAGCUUAUUUGGAAAAACCUAGAACUACUGUUGGAUGGAAAGGUUUGAUUAACGAUCCUGAUGUUGACAACUCAUUCGAUAUCAAUAGAGGUUUGAGAAUUUCUCGUCAGUUAUACUCCGACUUGACUGAAGUUGGAUUACCAAUUGGUUCGGAAAUGUUGGACACGAUAUCACCACAAUACUUUCUGGAUUUUUUGAGUUUUGGUGCUAUUGGUGCCAGAACUACUGAAUCUCAAUUGCACAGAGAGUUGGCAUCUGGCUUAAGCUUCCCCAUUGGUUUCAAAAACGGCACUGAUGGUGGUUUAACUGUUGCUUUAGAUGCUGUACAAGCUUCCUCCAAGGGACACCAUUUUAUGGGCGUGACAAAGAAUGGUACUGCUGCUAUCACCACAACUAGGGGUAACGACUCUUGUUUCAUAAUCUUGAGAGGUGGUAAAAAGAUUACAAACUAUGACGCUGAAUCAGUUAAAGCAGCUAAGGAAGCUAUCAGCAAGUCUACUGAUCCAAGCAUCAAAUUGAUGGUUGAUUGUUCUCAUGAUAACUCAAAGAAGGAUUACAGAAACCAACCGCAAGUAUUGGAUGCCGUUGCUGAACAAAUUAGUCACGGUGACGAUUCGUUAAUUGGUGUUAUGAUUGAAUCUCAUAUCAAUGAAGGUAAGCAAGGCAUGCCACCAGCUGGUCAAAAUAAAGACGUAUUGAAGUAUGGUGUCUCAAUCACCGAUGGAUGCGUUUCAUGGGAAACUACCGUUGACAUGUUGACCAAAUUGAGCAAAGCAGUACAAGCUAGAAGAAGCUUGAAAAAGAACUGA